AUUAAAAUGUGUCCGCAUAGAAAGCCGUGUUCAGUGUUUAUCUGUAGCCUACUGUUGUUCCUUAGCUCGGUGGCCCGCCCCUGACGGUGUGGCACGUCCUGACGCUUUUCCACGUCGCAGUCCUGUCUCAGGCGAACUCGCUGCGUAUGUAUGCGUGUCUCCAGCUAGGCCAGAGAGUGAUGGCGGCGCCCGUCCUGAGAGUGUCCACCCCUCGGUGGGAAAGAAUAGCUAGGCUUCUUGUUUGCUUGUUAGGCAUACUGUUGUCUCUAUAUGCCUUUCACGUCGAGAGGGAAAAGGCUCGGGAUGCGAGUUAUAAGGCUAUGUGCGACGUCAGCAGCUCCAUCAGCUGUUCAAAAGUGUUCAGCUCAAGGUGGGGUCGAGGAUUUGGACUCUUAGGCUCAAUCUUUGGAAAUGAUAGUGCACUGAACCAACCCAACAGUGUCUACGGGAUUGUCUUUUAUGCCUCUCAGCUCCUACUAGGAAUGACUGUCAGUGCAAUGGCCGCCCUUAUUCUCAUGACGACAUCCAUCUUGUCGGUGGUGGGCUCGCUCUACCUGGGCUACAUCCUCUACUUUGUCCUAAAGGACUUCUGCAUCAUCUGCAUCACCACAUAUGCGCUGAACUUCAUUCUCUUUAUUCUCAACUACAAGCGACUGGUUUACUUGAACGAGGCCUGGAAGCAGCAGCUUCAGGCCAAGCAGGACUAAGCUGUCGAGAGCGGCAAGAAAAAUACCACAAACAAACAAACGAAAGAAAAAAAAGAAAUGUGACCUCUGAACAUUUGACUUGCCACCAGGAGACCUUGCUUCCAAACAAUGUUUAUUCUGCUGUGUUCAAAAAAAAAAAAAAAGAAGAAAUUUAACUUAAAUGUUGGGCCUGACAUCUCAAUGUUGCAAACACGGAAGGAUUUGUAAGAGAAAGAUGAUUUCCUUUUUUAAUUUCUUUUUCCUUGUUUAACAUUGUACUCACUUAAAGUGUGUGUGUGUGUGUGUGUGUGUGUGUGUGUGUGUGUGUGUGUGUGUGUGUGUGUGUGUGUGUGUGUGUGUGUGUGUGUGUGUGUGUGUGUGUGUGUGUGUGUGUCCAAGCAAACAGAAGCCCACAAUACAGAACGAUGGAGGACAGCUCUCUUUUGAACAAAAAGGAUCGCAGAAUGGAAGAAAACGGGACAUUUAAAAGGGGGUUUACUUGAAAUGGUUAGUAAGGUCCUAUUACUGCACAGCGGAUCUGCACUAAAACUCGGAACCGAAUAAUGGGUCCCAAAAUUAGAAAAACACUCAUUAGGUUAUCGUACAGUUUGCAGAUAAGGUUCUAUGGCAUGGGGGGGGUGUUAAUGUAUAGAUUAACAUUUAUACAGAAUAGUUUCUUUUCAUGUUUACACUUUGUAGUAUGUUUCUUUUAUGAAGAGGACCACUAAAAAUAAACACAGGACAAUGUGAGAUAUUGUG